CCUUGUUCUCCUGCUGGAACCCCGCAGUUCAGAGCGGCGGAAAACACCAAGUGAUCACCCCUCAAGAGUUGUCACAUGCAAAUAUGACAUGUCCGAAUAACAUAUCGCCCGGUAACUUCCUGAUGGAUUCCUUAAUGGGAGGAUCAUCUUCCUACAGGGCUGAGGGCUAUUCCAGCAACCCGGGAAUGUACAUUCAUUCAGCUGCAGAGUACGGAUACUCAGUGAUGAGGAACAUUGGGAAGGUUGGAUCAUCCCCACUCUCCAAAAGAGACGAGGUUCCUCCAGGCAACGUCUCGCUCGGCGCCUUCCAGGAUGCGCCCUACCUGUCAGCGCAGCUGGCCACAUGGACACCAGGCUCCAAAAGCAGCAGGGACGAGCAACCUGUUGCCCACCAGUGCUUACAGCCCUGCUCGUUUCCAGCGGGCAGCGUCAAAGAGGAGGCGUUUUGUUGCCUCUAUCAAGAUGACAGCAAUAAGGGGAAACAGACAACAGAGUCGGCCACUUACAUCCGGCUCGGAGACAAUAGCUGCCGGCGGCCUGAGCAGACUCCAGCCUCCUCCAGUGGCGGCUAUUUCCAGGUGUACGGCGGGGAGAGGCCACAGCAGAACGAGCAGCAGCAGCAGCAGCAGCAGCAGCAGCUGCCCUCCGGCUUUACUCUGACCCACUUGGCGUCAUCUGUUGAAACAACAGCAGAGUCGACAGUGAGCUGCAGCAAAGUCGCGCAGGAGGUAGCCAGAGAGGCUCCUAAAACAGAUGAGGGUGAGAGCAGGAAGGAAGACAAGGCCAAGAGUGACAGCUGCUCAGAUAACUCGGACGGGGAAAUUAAAGAUGAUUUAUCCGCGGAAAAGACAACGGGAAGCUGGUUAAAAGCCAAAAGUGGAAGGAAGAAGCGGUGUCCCUACACAAAGCACCAGACCCUGGAGCUGGAGAAGGAGUUCUUGUUCAACAUGUAUCUGUCUCGGGAGCGCCGCCUGGAGAUCAGCCGCAGUAUCAACCUGACCGACAGACAGGUCAAGAUCUGGUUCCAAAACAGACGCAUGAAGCUCAAGAAGCUCAACAGGGAGAGCCGGGAAAGGGAGCAGAGUGCAGUUUACAACUAUUCCUGAAGACUCUGUCAGCUUCAGACGUACUCACGCAUACACUACAGGGGACCGUUUGUGUUGCAAAUAGACAUGCAUGCGUCAUUUUGUAAUGCUUUUAUCGGUUUUCUUUUCAUGUGCACACAAACACACACAUUAAGGGUGCCUUCUAAUGUGAAUAGAGAAGCUGCAACUUUCAGAGAGAGAGAGAGAGAGAGAGAAUUGGAAGAUUGAGGUGCAAUUGUUUUGUGAAGCUGACUAUUGAGGCGGCGUCGGCCAGAUUAUAAAUUUACAGUGACACUUUGACACUGCUGAGCUGUUCAUGUUUUGUCACUUGUGUACUGGUGCUGCUGCUGCUGCUGCUUCUUCUUCGUUUUGGUGUCUGUGGGAAUUUCGUGCUGUGUAACGUGCAUGCACAAGGUGACAUUAAGCUCUGUCAUGCUAAACGGUUCCAAACUAAUAAAAAAGAGGAGGAUAAAAUGGAGAAGUA